CUUCAAGCUUCGCCCCGCCGCAACCACAUUUCCUACCGACACAAUGCGGUGGUUCCAGGUUCUUACAGCUUCGCUGCUACCCUUUACAGCUCUUGCAGCCAAGAAGACUGGCGACAAGUUCGCCGAUGCCCGUGCCAAAUCGCUUGAGAUCGGUCGUCCGCUGAAGCUCGAUGACGGCGGUUACGGCUCGUUGACCAAGGGCCAGCGGGACUACUCGGUUGUCGUGUUGCUUACUGCUCUGGAAACAAGAUUUGGGUGUGUACUUUGCAGAGAGUUCCAGCCAGAGUGGGAUCUGCUGGGUAAGAGCUGGAUCAAGGGCGACAAGGCUGGGCAGUCGAGGACACUCUUUGGAACAUUGGACUUUGUAGAUGGAAAGAACACCUUCCAAUCGCUCCAACUCCAAACCGCACCUGUCCUUCUGUUCUUCCCUCCCACCGUCGGCCCCAACGCAAAGAUCGAUGCGCAGCCUGUCCGCUACGACUUCACAUCUGGCCCGCAAGCCGCCGAGCAGAUCCACGCCUGGGUCUCCCGCCAGCUCCCCGCCGACGUCCCCAAGCCCAAGAUCUCGCGCCCCAUUAACUGGGUCAAGAUCAUCUCGGUCACCACCGCCGUCGUCGGAGGCAUCACCGCUCUCGCCGUUGCCUCGCCCUACGUCCUUCCCCUCCUCCAGAACCGCAACCUCUGGGCUGCCUUCUCUCUGAUCACCGUCCUGCUCUUCACUUCUGGACACAUGUUCAACCAUAUCCGCAAGACUCCCUACGUACAAGGUGACGGCAAGGGCGGUAUCAGCUACUUUGCCGGUGGAUUCAGCAACCAGUUCGGUCUCGAGUCGCAGAUCAUCGCUGCGAUUUACGGUGUUCUGGCGUUCGCGACAAUCUCGCUUGCGCUCAAGGUUCCUAGGAUUGCGGAUUCGCGGGCCCAGCAAUUUGCUGUGUUCCUGUGGAGCGGUGUUUUGCUGUGCAUGUACAGCUUCCUGCUCAGUGUGUUCAGACAGAAGAACGGCGGGUACCAGUUCUGGCUGCCUCCGUUCUAGACGAUGGAGAUAGCUUGGGAGAGAAAAGCAGUAGUAACCAGGUAGACUCGAUGUCAGAGGAAGAAGAUUUGCGUAUGCGCGCCACAUCAGAUGCGGCAUGCUCGGUGUACCAUCUGCGAGGCAGACUUGCACCACUAGGCGUUUUGGGUGCAUCUCAGGAAUAGGCCGAAGCGCCAAAUCCAUCAUGUUGCCAUAUCAU